UUGGUUUGAAGUGAAUAAAGCGAUUAAAGUGAAAAGCAAAAGAAAGAACCAAACACAAGAACAUAAUCAACCAUUCUUUAACGUGAAGCUUUCCCGUACCUUUUACACCGUCAAAGCAAAACACUAAACCAAAAAUGGGAAAACGACAACAUCAGAAAGAUAAAAUGUACUUGACAAGUACAGAAUGGAGCACAUUGUAUGGAGGAAAGAAACCUGUCAAUCCUAAUAGUGCCAGUGCUUCUUUUCGCCGCCUUCCAUUUGACCAUUGUGCUUUGUCACUUCAGCUCUUUGAAAAUCCCCUUUGUGACACUGAAGGUCAUGUUUUUGAUCUUCUUGCUAUAGUUCCUUACCUGAAGAAAUACAAAACCAAUCCAGUAACAGGAAAACCAUUAGAAAGCAAGCAUCUUCUUAAACUGAAUUACCAUAAAAAUGCAGAAGGAGCCUACCAUUGCCCAGUAUUGUUCAAACAGUUUACUGACAAAUCACAUAUUGUGGCCAUCAGAACAACUGGCAAUGUUUUUUCUUAUGAAGCGGUAGAGCAGCUUAAUUUGAAACCUAAGAACUUCAAAGAGUUGUUGACAGAUGAGCCUUUCACUCGUCAAGACAUAAUUACCCUUCAAGACCCAUCCCAUCUAGAAAAGUUUAAUAUUGCAAAUUUUCAUCAUGUAAAAAAUGAUCAGAAAAUUGAAGAUGAAGAACUUAUACGGGCAAAAACCGACCCUGCCGCGCGCCUCAAAUACAUUAACGCUGAAACGAAGGGAGUUCUAGAGCAACUAGAAAAAGACUAUACGGCCCCGGAAGAGACCGUAGUCGUAAAAAAAGUGGCAGAUUCCAUUAAUGCGGCUCACUAUUCCACUGGUGCCGUUGCUGCCGGUUUUACGUCUACGGUCAUGAUGCCAGAAACUACCCAUGAACCAGCGAUUCUUGACGAAAACAUUGUUCGAUAUCAACGUAUUAAGAAAAAAGGUUAUGUUAGAUUGGCCACCAAUCUUGGACCCGUGAACCUGGAAUUGCAUUGUGACAUGGUUCCAAAAACGUGUGAGAAUUUCGUAAACUUGUGCAAGAAAGGCUACUACAAUAAUACGAAGUUCCAUAGAUCGAUCAAGCAUUUUAUGAUUCAAGGAGGUGAUCCUACUGGUACCGGUACUGGUGGUGAGUCUUGCUGGGGAGGAUCAUUUGAAGACGAAUUCAAGCCGAACCUAUCUCAUACCGGCCGGGGUAUUUUAUCCAUGGCCAAUUCAGGAACCAACACCAAUAAAUCUCAGUUUUUCAUUACGUAUCGAUCCUGUAAACAUCUCGAUGGGAAGCACACCAUAUUCGGCCGCGUCGUUGGUGGAAUGGAAACCCUAAGUGCUAUGGAACGCAUAGGCACAGACAACAAAGACCGGCCCGUAGAAGAUAUCUUAAUUGAAUCUGCACAGAUAUUCACUGAUCCGUAUGCCGAAGUAGAUGAAAAGUUGGUGGUUGAAAGGGCCGCGGCACUAGAAGCAGCUGAAAAGCAGUUAAAGGAAGCUAAGGCCUCUAUUCCUAAAGCCGAACUAAAGGCUUUCAAACAAUCUGGUGUAGGAAAAUAUAUCAAUCCAAAAGUUUUCAACAAGCCCGGCGAUGCGGUAGGAGCUGAUUCCAGUAACAGCUCUCAACCGAAAAAAGCUAAAACAUCUGCUAGCUAUUCAUUCGGAAAUUUUAGCAGUUGGUAAUCUUCAGAUGAGCUUGAUAGUACUAUUACUGAUUGCACAUUGUUUUCUUUAAAUAAACGAUAUUUCAAACACA